CCACAGAGACUGUUCGCGAAGCUCGCUCGCGUCUUCAGUUUGGCGGGCAAAGCGUCGCUAUUAAGUUGUGUUGCCAGUUCUUUUAAAUAUUUGGCGGGAACUGCGAAUACGCGGUUAAGUGACACAUUCGUAAACGAUGAAGUCUAUGGUGUACGAGUUUAUAUGGUGCUGGGCGGUUCUAAAUAUAUUUAUGAUAGCGCAUGGGGACUUGCUCGGAUCGCGAUGUCGUCUCAACUCAGACUGCAAGGUAUCCAAUGCGCAGUGCAUAAGAGGCUCCUGCACCUGUCAACCUUACUUUGCACAAGUUGACAACGCCACUUGUCUUGAAUCAACCCUCCUCGGUUCAGAGUGCGUGGUCUCCGAACAGUGUACGUUAAAAGUUGCGUACAGUGCGUGCUUGGACGGCGUCUGCCGUUGCACCGAUGGUCAUUUGCAAUUCAGAAAACACACAUGCCUCUCACCCGCUCCACCAUCCCAUGUGUGUUACAUGAACGAACACUGCCGCCUUUGGGACAAGGAUAGCCAUUGUGAAUUCGUCAUACCGAAUCUCUUCGGAAGAUGUUCCUGCAAUUCGUAUUUCAAACAAUCCGGAAAUAAAUGUCUUCCAAUCAAACUAACCGCGUAUGCUACAGAGGCGGUUGUUGCAGAGCAAGACAACAUCAAUGAUUCGAGUGACAAUUCAAAUAACUACGAAGCAGCUAGCUUAAAAGACCCUUCAGGACAAGCCAGUUUAGUCAUCGCAUCCGAAGAUGUAAAACCAAGUAAGCUACCAAUGUUUACAAGCAAGAAUGAUGUUCUAAGCACUCAAGAGGAUAGCCCGCUGAUGCAAGCCGUUAUGAAAGUACCAUUUGUGGAACAAGCGAAACGUCUACCAGUAUCCAAUAGGAAGGAUGGAGAAUCUAAUGAACUUAAGGUUGAUGAAAUGACUGCGAAUCUACAUGCAAAUGAUCAGCCAGUUUAUAGAGUUGUUACACAACCUUCGAUUGAUAAGAAGUCUAACAAAAAGAGUGGUUCUAAAGAAAAUGCAAAACAGAAAGGGCAUCAGAAGAAAUCGUCACUCAAAGAUAAGCAACGCGUAAGGGCAGAUGGAGUGCCUAAACUGGACCUGGGGCCAGUGUCCUUGGGUAUGCCUUGUUACAUCGAUAGCCAAUGCCAGAAGGUGGAUCCUAACGCACAGUGCGUGAACAAACGCUGUGACUGCAUGUACCGUACUAAUUCCACUGCUGCGUGUUCUGCUAGAAAUAGGGGCUGUCUUCCGGGAACUUUCCAAUGUCGAUCCACUGGCACCUGCAUCAGCUGGUACUUCGUGUGCGAUGGGCGGAAGGACUGCCCCGAUGGCUCCGACGAGAAAUGCUUAGGUACUGGUAAAGACGGCAUGGGCGAACGCUGUCCGAUGCACGCGUUCCGUUGCGGCGGCCCUGGUUCGCCGUGCGUGUCCCGCGCGUCACGGUGUGACGGGACGCCACAAUGUCCCGGAGGAGAGGAUGAGAGGAAUUGCAAAGCGACUAGGCGUAAAGGUUGUCCACGUCACACAUUCCGCUGCAACUCGGGCGAAUGUCUCCCUGAGUACGAGUUCUGCAACGCUAUCAUUUCCUGCAAGGACGCGUCUGACGAACCACCUCAUCUAUGUAAUGAACAAUCAAGAUGGCGCGCAGCAGACUUCUGCCCGCUCCGCUGUGGCAAUGGACGAUGUCGAAGCACAGCCGUGGCUUGCUCGGGCCGGGAUGGUUGUGGGGAUAACAGUGACGAGAUAGCCUGCUCAGUCUGCAGAUGUCCAUCAGCACCAGAAGCACCUUGAACUGGAAAAAUCACAUUAGAUAAUUGCGGUCGAAAAUUUCUGCAUAUUCUAAAAUUAUUUCCUUAUAAUAGCAAUGGCCUAAUCUUUUGUUUGAUAUAAAAAGUUCAUAAAGGCACGUACACCGAUUAUAAACCCCCGCUCAUAAGACUGACGAGUUAUACUCUAUAUCUUGCAUUUCAUUUUUAUAUAGCUGUAAAUACAUAGACUAAGUCCACCAAACUUUACGAUAGUUUAAUAUUAAUGUCAGUUUCGAUAGCACGCUUUUCCAUAGUCCAAUUGGAAGUUAAAUUUUGCCAGACCAUUUUCAAAUGACGUAAGGCCAGUAUUCGGGAAUGUCAACGUCAUUUUAGUUUCAAAAGCUGUCAAACUAUUUUGUUUGAAUUAAGUUUGACAUAUUUGAAUUGUUCAUGAUAUUAUUCGGGAUAUGAAUUGGAAUUUUAGUAUCAACUUUCCAAACCUUCAAAAUUUUAAUUAUAUAUAUAUUUCGUAAUUUGUUUGAUCUGUUAAAUGCAUAUA